GGCGCGGCCGUGGCUGGGGGGGGUGCGGGCGGCAUGCAGCGGGACGUGGGUAGCCUGCCACUGGCCCCCGCUUUGCGGGUUCGCCUCGUCGCCGCUGGCUUCCAGACGGCGCAGGAGCUGCUGGAGACCGGCCCCUGCGGACUGAGUAAAGAAAUUGGGAUCUCCAAAGAAGAGGCACUGGAAGCAUUGCAGGUUGUGAGGCAGGAAUGUCAUGGGGAUGCAGCAAGGACGACUGGGGGAUCAGGCACCACCAGAAAAUGCACAGCACUGGAACUUCUGGAAGAAGAGCAAGCUCAGGGCUUCGUCGUCACCUUUUGUUCAGCACUAGACAAUAUUCUGGGAGGUGGCAUUCAGCUAAGGAAAAUCACCGAGAUCUGUGGAGCACCUGGCGUGGGGAAAACACAGCUAUGUAUGCAGUUGGCAGUAGAUGUUCAGAUCCCUGAAUGCUUUGGGGGUGUAGCAGGCGAAGCUGUGUUCAUUGACACUGAAGGAAGUUUCAUGGUAGACAGAGUAGCGGAUAUUGCCACUGCCUGUGUGCAGCACUGCCAGCUCAUUGCUGAAGCUCAUGAAGAAGAAGAUCAUCUGAAAGCUAUGGAGACUUUCUCUCUUGAAAGUAUCCUUUCUCACAUAUAUUACUUCCGUUGCCGCGACUACAUAGAGCUUCUAGCACAGGUCUACCUCCUCCCAGACUUUCUUUCAGAGCACUCAAAGGUCCGGCUGGUGGUAGUUGAUGGAAUUGCAUUUCCUUUUCGCCAUGACUUUGAGGACCUCUCCCUUCGAACCAGGCUUUUGAACGGCCUGGCACAGCAGCUGAUCAUCAUUGCCAACGAUCACAAAGCUGCAGUAGUUCUGACAAACCAAAUGACAACAAGGAUUGGACAAAGCCAGUCCACACUGGUACCUGCUUUAGGAGAAAGCUGGGGACAUGCUGCUACUGUCCGUUUAAUCUUUCACUGGGACAACAAUCAGAGGUUGGCAACAUUGUACAAAUCACCAAGUCAGAAGGAGUCAACUGUACCCUAUCACAUCACACCUCAUGGCUUCCGAGAUGUGGAACCUCCAGCUGUCACUCAGAAUGCACAAGGUGCUGAAAUGAACCCUCGCAAACGGCCACGGAGAGAAGAGGAAUAGUUAGAGUGGUCCAAGAGUUGAAUGUUAAGAAAUCUCUGCUACAGGAAAAGAGCUGCAUAGUCAACAUGCAACCACAGGUAGCCUGAGAGACUUUAAUUUCAGUUCCUGCUCUGGAUGUUACUUUAACAUGAAGACUGCAAUUUGCAAAUUUCUGUCACAGGAAACUCCUUUGUGUAUAGCAUUGUUUUAUUUUUACAAUAAAAUCUAUGUUUUCUAGGACAA